AUGGGGAUUUCGAUGAGAGAUCACCCAGAACUCGAGGAUUUGGAUGACAUCUGGCUUUUUGCCACUGACGACUCGACCUUGGACGAAUCUGACAGCGAACGCGAGACAGCCACUGACACAAGCUCAAAUGUCCCACGACGAAGACCUCGAAAAUUCAGCAAUACGAGAUCGACGCUCAGCCCACGUGUCACAAUAUCACACGUGACGGAUCACUUCGAUCAAUAUGGGCCUUCUCAAGCCAAUUUGCACGCUCUUGUGGACCAGAUCAAAAGGUGGAAACAUGCCGCCAACCCGGGAUUUCGGUUCCUUCGUUUGAUCUUGAUCGUGGCAUACAUUCUUCUUAGCGGCUCGUGCUGCAUCAAGGCGCGAGCAUGGGACACUGUUGCGUACAUCGUGCAGGUCCUCGUCAGCCUGGCCGUCGUGUCCUGGCACCUGAACGGCAGACAGCUUCGAUGGGCCAAGGAAGAAUUGAUGUUCUCCCUCAGGCCUUUUUCGUACGAGCGCUCGUCUCAAAGGCAGAACUUCAAAGGCCUCAUGAAGGAAAUUCUACGGUAUCAUCAAUUGGAGAUCCUGUGCAGGUACGGCGACUACCUUGCUGAGAGGCUGAAGGUCCUUCGACAACACAUUCUCAAGUCUUAUUCGAAGGAGAAACAUCACGUGGCAGGGCUGUGGACAGACACGUCGGCGACGCUUCGUCACGAAGAAGGAAAAGACUCUACAAUUUGCCACGAUCUGAUCCACAAAGCCGCCAAAGAUCUCAAAUGGGACCCGGCAAUGACAGUCUUCAUGAUACACACUUACGGCGCAAGAAACAGCCUCAUGCACUCCGAAUUCCCCCGACUCGUGAGCAAGAAGGACUGGCCCAAAAUCGCGGAGCAUUGCGACGACGACAUUGUCAAGCUGCUCGAGCUAUUCAUCGCCUCUAACGAUACAUCGGAAGACGCCAUCGGUCACUGGAGACAGAUCAUUCGCGAAUUCAAAGAUUCUUGGGUACGCCAAGUGGAUGCGUCGUUGUCCUGGGAGGCCCAACCGAUUAUCCAGGAGGCGCUCGCGGUGGGCAUACGAGAGCCGUUGCUGCUGUACGAGUUGUCAAUGAAACACAGACACGACGACGCUCAGGCGCGUAAGCAGGCCGUUGCGGACCUCCUGAAGGAGCAAAAUGCAAAGGAGCCAUCAAUCAAGGAGCUUCAAGCAGAGAUCGAGCGUCUCAAAGGCACAUUAGCAGUGGGGGGAACGCAGAAGUCUACGAUGGACUUGCUCAAUCAAAGAAAUGAGGAGAUCAAGAAGCUCAAGAGGGACACGGAGAAGAUGCAGAGAGAGAUGGAGAAGAUCAAGGAACGAUUGACCACAGCACGCAAGAAACCGUACAUCAGCACGGCGAUGGCGAAUUCGAAGAAGGAGAAGAGACGACGUUCCUGGCCCACGGCCACGGCCACGAGAACAGAGGUCGAGAGUCUAACGUCGAGAUUAGGCACGACCGCCAGCGAUGUGUGGACAAAGUGUAUCGGCCUCGAGCUAAGGAAUAUAAAGUACGUGCAGGAUAACAAGAAGCUGAAGAACGAGCUCGAGGAAAGCCAGAAGCGAUGCGAGGGCCUGUUCUCUCGUUUCUCCGCUGCUCAACACAUCCUCGAGGCGCGAGGCGUUGCGGCCUCGUCGGAAGCGGCCAGGAAGAUGAUUGAUGAUGAGCAUAAGAGGAUGCCGAGAGUGACGAUGAGACAGGCUACAGUCAGUAUGUCUAACAACAACGAAGAGCCGGAUGGGGAUGGGGAUGAAAACAAGAAGAGGCCGAGAUCUCGCAGCUUUUGA